CAGACGCGGAGACGCCAGACGCCUCAACUGCCACCGUCCUCCCUGCCUUUUUCCUUUCUCCCCUGAGCUGAGCUCUGCUCUGAUCUCUGCCCGCCUGCUCCCUGCCCCUCCUGCCUCCACUAAAAAGGGCUCCCGUUUCCGAUACGAGACGACGUCGAGACUCGAGACGACGAGACCCAACCAACCUGCCCCGUCCUUGUGCCUGCGCACCUAUCUAGCCCAGCCCUCCCAAUUUGGCAACAGACACAUCAAUCUACUUGCUCCAGCCGAGUCGAGUCUCCAUCCACUCCAGUGAUCGAUCGUUGCUGGCUUGGCGUUGGCGAUGAGGGACGCGGGGACGGUGGCGUCGCCCGGCGGCGGGAGGGCGGGGGGAGCCGGAGGAGCGGCGUCGGCGUUGGCGCCGUGCGCGGCGUGCAAGCUGCUGCGCCGCCGGUGCGCGGCCAGCUGCGUCUUCGCGCCCUACUUCCCGCCCGGGGAGCCGCACAAGUUCGCCAACGUGCACAAGGUGUUCGGGGCCAGCAAUGUCAGCAAGCUGCUCCAGGAGAUCCCGGUGCAGCACCGAGGGGACGCGGUGAGCAGCCUGGUGUACGAGGCGAACGCGCGCGUCCGGGACCCGGUCUACGGCUGCGUGGGCGCCAUCUCGUCGCUGCAGCAGCAGGUGGAGGCGCUCCAGGCGCAGCUGGCGCUGGCGCAGGCCGAGAUGGUCAGGCUCCAGAUGAGCAACGACUACAUCGUGCACCGGUUCAAGGCCGCGCGCGGCGGCGGCGGAGGGGGCAGCAGCUACGCCGGCUCGCCGUCGUCCAUGUCGUCGCCCAAGACGGCGGAGCCAGAGGCGCACUGCAAGGCCACGCCGGAGCUGCUGGACAUGGUGGUGGACCAGCCCGGCAUGGACGACGCCCAGUUCUGGUCCUACUAGGAUCGGAGGCAGCAGCUCACUCUGACUGCAUCAGGUGCUUCUGGGUCAGGUCAAGCUAGGUUCUUUUUAGCUGAUUUAGUGUGUGAUCAGGUGCUGUUUUUGAGUCACAGAUGGGUGGUCCGGUAGUAGUUGGUAUAUAGUAUCAGGUAUAUGGUGUGCGCGCGCGCUGUAACAGCGUGACACUAGGAGGAAGGUGAGCGUAGAGGCCUUCUCCUAACCUUCUUCUAGUAUGUACUAUGUCCAGGGCUUGUUUUUUUGCUGUCCUUCCAUGAUGAGAAGGUUGAACACCGUUACAGUAAUUGGUGUGCAUCAUGCUAUGCAUUGCAAGAACCUUUCCCUUGCUCGUAGCAUUUGCCUGGUUAAACAGUUGAACUCUUCCAUGGAAAAUGCAGACAACGUUUGGUAUC